CAGAAAUAAAGCAGAGAGAGAAAUCUGCCUUGUUUAGAGAGGGGGGGAGAGAGAGAGAGAGAGCUUGCUACAGUUUCAUCUCCACAUUUCUGAGGAAUCCAUUCAUGGGCUGCUCUGCUUCGAGGCCAGAAACCCUUCUCAGCAGAAACCAAGAAGACCCAUCUCUGUCUUCCUCCUUCGACUCUACCCUCUCCCCAUUCAACUCACCAAAACCGCCCAGGGCUUUCUCCCUCCCGACGCCUCUCGUCCACCACCCGCCUCUCCGGGAGGGCGACACCCACCACCUCGUCUCCCUCACCUCCACCACCUAUGGCUCCCUCCACCUCAUUGACCCUAAGAUCCCUAACGUGAACGGCCAGGACUGCCCUGAUCAGCUCCAGAAGGCAGUCCCCACCGGCAAGACUCAGUCUUUAGCGGAUUCCGAGGACUCGGCAUCGCCGGAUUCUGUCAUCAAUACUUGGGAGCUCAUGGACGGCCUCGAUGAUGCCGACAUCGACUCUUGUCCUAAGUCCAACAGUUCCUCCAAUUUCGACCGCCCCCUUGAGGUCGGGGCCAAGCCUAGCUCCUGCAGGUUCAUCACUUUUGAUGGGCCUGUGAGGAAACUGCGUGAUUCGUCUGAACCAGUGGAGAAGCACCCGUCUUCCCAGACGAAGCCCCUGUGGAAGCAUUUAUCCGAGGAAGCUCUGCUAGCUAAAAUGGACCCUAAUGUGGUCUACAGUUAUAGGCGGGCAUUGUCGUCUAGGCAGUUGGGGUGGAAUCAAAACGGAAGCUCUAAGCCCCUGGAGGAAUCGCAGUCCCUCCCCCCGAGAACCUCGCCGCGUGUUGAUCAUUUUCGAUCUCAGUUGGUGGUUGCAGGAGAUGAUCGGUUAUUACUGUAUUUCACCACCUUGAGAGGGAUUAGGAAGACAUAUGAGGACUGUUGUUCGGUCAGGAUGAUACUUAGGAGCUUCAGAGUGCCUGUUGAUGAGAGGGACAUUUCAAUGGAUUCUUCCUACAGGAAGGAGCUGGAAGCUGCACUCGGUGGGAAGGCAUUGACUCUACCUCAGGUUUUCAUCAGAGGAAAGCACAUCGGAGGGGCCGAGGAGAUAAAGCAGCUGAACGAGGCAGGAGAACUCGCAAAGCUCUUAGAGGGACUCCCCGUUCGGGAUCCCGGGUUUGUCUGCGAGACCUGUGGGGAAGCGAGGUUUAUACCGUGUCCGAGCUGCGAUGGGAGUAGGAAGGUGUUCGACGAGGACGAGGAUCAGCUAAGGAGGUGCUUGGAUUGCAACGAGAAUGGGUUGAUCCGAUGCCCUGGUUGCUGCACCUGAACACAGACACUGAUAAUGUCACAUGUAAAUUUUCGGCAUUCAUAGCUAGAGGUUCCAUUUCUGGUCUGAGUAGUUGUUGCAGGGCAAAUUUUGGGGGUGUCUGCUGUCGGAGAAAGAUUAAAAAGACGUCAUCGUAGUUGAUCGACUCUCCGAACAAGGCUAAGGGAAGCAGUGCCCUUUUUUCUUUUCUUUUUUUUUUUCCUUGGGUAACGGAACCUUGUCGUGCAUUCAUCUUCUGAAUCAUGAAAUGUCCUAAAGAAAAGGAUUGUUUUGUUUUUUGUCUGCCCACUUGACUGUCCUGCUGUAACCUAAAUGGUCUCCAGCCAUUGAUGCUGAACUUGAAGCUAUAAAGAUGUUGACAGUGAGUAA